AUGUUCAACUCCCCGCUGAUAAUCACCAAGAGGCUCCUUUUUAGCAGCAUCAGGAACCUCUCCAGAGUCAAGCUCCUGUUCCACUCACACCCUAACGGAAGAUUUACCACUCCUCAAUCAGCUCAUUCUGUCAACCAAUUCUCCAUUGCCCCCGGCAAGGACCCCGUACAAGCUGCCUCUAUGGCUAAUUUCCGCUCCUUCGGUGAGAUGCUUGUCACAUCUCACCCUCACCACGUUUGGCUUGACGGAAAGAGAAUGUUCUAUGAUGUCAUGAAAGGCAUCUACUUUGUCGACCCCGAGCAGCGAAAGAUCGAAAUCAAGGAAGAGAAGGCUGCUACAUACCAAUUCAUCGUCUCGAUGACUGGAUGA